AUGGGUUCAAAUUAUAGUUUUUGCUGUGUGGCCUUAGCUCGGGGAGGCAAAGGUGCAACUUUCUUUGGUCCUCCCGAAUCCGGGUUCAUCCGACACCAGCCACCUCCGCCAUGCCGCCCUAAGUUCGACCCCAACGAGAUCAAAGUCGUGUACCUGAGGUGCACCGGUGGUGAAGUCGGUGCCAUGUCUGCCCUGGCGCUGAAGAUCGGCCCGCUGGGUCCGUCUCCAAAAAAGGUUGGGGAUGACAUCGCCAAGGCAACCGGUGAUUGGAAGGGUCUAAGGAUUAUGGUGAAACUGACCAUUCAGAACAGACAGGCCCAGAUUGAAGUGGUACCUUCUGCCUCUGCCCUGAUUAUCAAAGCCCUCAAGGAACCACUAAGAGACAGAAAGAAGCAGAAAAACAUUAAGCACAGUGGAAAUAUCACUUUUGAUGAGAUUGUCAAUAUUGCCCGACAGAGGCGACACCGAUCUUUAGCCAGAGAACUCUCUGGAACCAUUAAAGAAAUCCCGGACACUGCCCAGUCUGUGGGCUGCAAUGUAGAUGGCCGCCACCCUCAUGACAUCAUAGAUGACAUCAUAGAUGACAUCAACAGUGGGGCAGUGGAAUGCCCAGCGAGCUAACUACAAAGCAAAAUGUUUCAAUAAAGGAUCAUUUGACAACCAGUGGAAAAAA